AUGUCAGUUCGCUACGGCGUCAGCCUGCUCACCGACCCUGACUUCACGGCCCGCGCCUAUCGCGCCCGGCAGUUGAUCUGCGGCCAGUUCGCCUGCUGGGCCGCGGAGAUGCACAUGCUGCACAUGCUAAUGUCUGACUAUUUCCCCUUCGCCGGCGCCGAUGACGCGGAUGCGGAGAACCGAUUGGCCGGAGAGCUGGAACAACUCGCUGAGCGUUAUCGCCGUGUGUCCCCGCGUUUCCCCCUUUUCAAUCGGGGCAUCUCCACCACGCGCGACACCGACGAUGACGGCAAUAUCUGGCUCGACUUUUCUCCCGAAGUGGUCAACGAAUCCCUGUAUCGAUUGCAAUCGAUGGUCGCCGACCUUUUGGAACGGAAUUCCGGCGUGGGCGGGCCCCGCCGCGUUUUCAAUCCUGACUUUGCGCCCCAGAUACCGCUGCUGUCCCACGCCAGCCUGCCAGACUCCGUCUUCGACAGCGCCCUCGAGUUCGCUCGCUCCGUCACCGACGAACUGAAGGUGUCGCAGAUUACGCGGGCCUGGCGCCUGACGCUGACGCGCUUCGAGUCGAAUGCCGCCGGAGACGACUGGUCUGGCGGGCGGUGGGCCGCCGACCUCCAGUGGCGGGUGAUCGGCAGCUACAGCUUGUGA